CAGCAGAGCAGAGCAUGUCGCGCCUUAUCCAAAAUCUUAUCAAUGGUUUCUUAAAAAAAUCCAAUAUAAUAAUUUCAAGUAUUCUUACAUUGAAAAAUUCAAAACAUUAUAUAUAUAUAUAAUUAAUAUCACCAAUCAUUAGUCAAUAGUCAUUAUUACCUCUCUGCUCAUUAAUCAAUCAAUGGAGAAAGUUUCAGAGAAGGAGCUCAACACUAUGAGAAGGAGAAUGGCUUGUGUAGCCAACCAUCUCCUCUCGGGUCAUUCGGAUCAUCCGAACCCGAACUCUAUCGGGUUAUCCACUACAUCCAUGAACGACCGUUAUCAUAAGAUACACGGUGAAGUUUCGACUCACCCUGUCGUUUGGAAAACCGCUUCUGAUGAUUCCGGUAAGGACUUUGUUGACAUUAUCUACGAGAAAGCCGUUGACGAAGGAAUCGCAAAGAUUACGAUUAAUCGGCCGGAGAAAAGGAACGCGUUCCGGCCAUUGACAGUAAAAGAGCUCAUUCGUGCUUUUGAUGAUGCAAGGGACGAUAGUUCCAUUGGAGUUAUAAUUCUCACUGGAAAGGGAAAUGAGGCUUUCUGUAGUGGAGGUGAUCAAGCUUUGAGAAAGGCUGAUGGUUACAAAGAUUUUGACAAUUUUGGUCGUCUUAAUGUAUUAGAUCUUCAGAUACAGAUUCGUCGUCUUCCAAAACCAGUGAUAGCAAUGGUUGCUGGCUAUGCUGUUGGAGGAGGCCAUGUAUUACACAUGGUAUGUGAUCUUACCAUUGCUGCAGAUAAUGCUGUUUUUGGUCAAACAGGUCCUAAGGUUGGUAGCUUUGAUGCUGGCUAUGGAAGCUCCAUUAUGUCCCGCUUGGUUGGUCCCAAAAAAGCACGAGAAAUGUGGUUCAUGGCAAGGUUUUACACAGCUUCUGAAGCAGAUAAAAUGGGACUUGUCAAUACUGUUGUGCCACUAGAGAAUUUGGAGGAAGAAACAAUUAAAUGGUGUAGAGAAAUACUAAGAAACAGCCCAACUGCUGUUCGGGUCCUGAAAUCGGCUCUUAAUGCUGUUGAUGAUGGUCAUGCUGGCCUUCAAGGGCUUGCAGGAGAUGCCACACUUAUAUUUUAUGGCACUGAAGAAGGUAAUGAAGGGAAGACGGCUUAUAUGGAACGUAGACGCCCUGAUUUUUCUAAAUUUCCUCGACGACCUUAGUUGCAUUGUGUUAGUGUUACCAUUAUUUAUUAAUGUAAAAAUAUCAGUCUCUUUUUGAAAUUCCAAGUGGUAUUAUUUUGUGCUAACUAGCUAUUAAGAUUGAACAUUAUCACUUAUCAUAGCAUUUUAUAAUUGAUUAGUGAUGUUUUUA